AUGCGUUUCCUUGCAGCUCUCACGGCCUUGGUCUCACUCGUUGCUGUCAGCAGCAGCGCGGACGAGGCUCUGCGCAUCCCCGAUCAUGCCAGCAACGAGGCAUACUGGCAGCGGAUCGGCGACGAGACCAAGAGGCCCGUCUGCUUCGUGCUUCCCGACCUCGCCGGUGGCGACGACGCCCCUGCUAUCAUGCGCGCCCUCAACUACGACUGCCGCAAGCGCAGCGUCGUCGUGUUCCCCGGCCCCGUCUACCACAUCGAGAGCAACAUGACCACCGUCGACAUGGACGACGUCGAGAUCCACCACUACGGCCGCUUCCUCUGGAGCCCCGACGUCGACUACUGGCGGUCCGUCUCCAUGCCCGUCGGCUUCCAGAACCAGACGACCGUCUGGUACUUUGGCGGCGACCGCGUCUCCCUCGACGGACACGGCCUCGGCACGCUCGACGGCAACGGCCAGGUCUGGUACGACUGGGCUCGCGGCCUCGGCAACCUCCCGCGCCGGCCCAUGAUGGUCAACUUCCGCCGGCUGACCAACUCGCGCGUCGCCGGCAUGCGCUUCGUCCAGAGCCAGAUGUGGACCAUGGCCGUCACCCACUCCCAGCACGUCGAGUUUGCCGACAUCUACGUCAACAACACCUCGACCAGCCGCUGGAGCACGCUCAACACGGACGGCAUCGACACCAUCUGGUCAGACGACAUCACGCUGCGACGGUGGCGCAUCAAGAGCGGCGACGAUGCGGUGGCGCUCAAGGGCAACUCUACCAACGUCCGCGUGCUCGACACGGAGAUUUACGGCGGCCAGGGCCUCGCCAUCGGCUCGGUCGGGCAGUACAAGGACCGCCACGAGCACGUCACCAGCUUCCUCGCCAGGAACGUCACCCUCUUCGACACCACGUACGCGAUCUACCUCAAGACCUGGGGCGGCAACUCCAAGGGCUUCCCGCCCAAUGGCGGCGGCGGCGGCCUCGGCUUCAUGUCCGGCAUCGUCCUCGAGGACGUCAAGCUGCGCGGCGUCCGCAAGUAUCCGCUCUUCGCCUGGCAGUGCGAAAACUACGAGGGCGGACUGGGCCGCGACUGCCAGAGCUCAAAGUUUUCGAUGCGAGACUUUACGGCCCGGGGCAUCAGCGGCUGGGCCAAGGACAGCGUGGACCACGUGGGCUGGUUCCAGUGCAGCGUCGCCGCAGGAGGGUGCAGUAACUUUACCGUGUCCGACGUUCAUAUGACCCGGGGCUCAGGCGGUGACGAGCUGACGUCGUGGCACUGCGAAAACAUGCACGAGCAUGCUGGCUUCCAGUGCAGUCAGUGA